UUAGUGCGCGCGCCCUCCCAUCAAAUUCAAAUUCAAAUUCAGCGAUUUAAAUUCAUCCAAACAGACGAUGGAACGUCGUUUGUUCGUUCCAUCCAUGACAGACGUUCAGUUCCCGCCCAGUGUGAGGUGGAAUAUUGAGGCAAAGCCCGUUGAGAGUUUAGUAUUCGAACUGGGACUCCCAGGUGAAUUAUUUGUCACUCAUUAAUAUUCUGCACUUUAAGUUUACUCGAAAAACUCUGGAUAAUAUUGCGGUCUUCUAAACAAUCUGGAUGCAGUGAGUUUCGACUUGGAAAAGGCGGAGGAUAAAUACAUUUACACAUCGUAGAGUAGUCUACCAAGACAUGUUGGACGUUUUGGAAGUUCAGCUCCUAACUUUUUUGUUGGCAAAAUAUUAACCAGUGAACCAAGAUGUAGGUCCAUCUCUCGGGAUAAAUAAGCGGUCCUACAAAAACCACAAUGCUUCAAGUGGCCUAUUGCUUUUCCAAUUUUCUAUAUAGAUGCCACUCAUAGACGCCAUCUGCUGUUCAGAAGCAGUAGUGCAUGGAAAAUGGAUAGCGAAUUAGAGCCGGGAAUGAACGAUAUUAUAGUCAGCCACUACAACAACUCUGGUAAGUGGGGGAGACCAAGAAGUAUUGGUAGUUGCAAGAGAGCCUUCCUGCUUUUCAUCUGUGUCCUGAUAGUGUUGGAGAACAUAACCGUAUUACUGGCCCUAUGGCGCAACAAGCGUUUCCACAGCCGCAUGUAUUUUCUCAUUGGCAACCUAGCGCUUUCGGACUUGCUAGCUGGAGUGGCGUACAUGGUCAACAUUUUCACCUCUGGCAGCAAAACAUUUUUCCUCAGUCCUGGUCAAUGGCUGUUGCGAGAAGGAAGCAUGUUUGUGGCCCUAAGCGCCUCUACUUUCAGCUUGCUAGCCAUUGGAAUUGAGCGCCACAUGACCAUGGUUCGUUUGCGGCCAUGCGAGGCUGCGGGAAGGGGGAGGUUACUAGCGCUGCUUGGGGCCUGCUGGGCCAUUUCCGUACUGCUCAGCGCCUUGCCCAGCCUCGGCUGGAACUGUUUGGGCCGGCUGCAUACUUGCUCCACUGUACUACCACUCUACAACAAAAGCUACAUAGCCUUCUGCAUCAGUGUCUUCACGGUCCUACUAGCUGCCAUUGUGGUACUCUACGUGCGAAUCUACCAGCUGGUGACGUCCAGUGGGCGAAGGGUGAGUUCCAGGCCAUCGGAACACUCGCUUGCACUCCUACGCACAGUAGUGAUAGUGUUAGGGGUGUUUGUAGCCUGUUGGGCUCCUCUAUUUCUACUACUACUCCUGGAUGUAGGAUGCAGUCCAGUGCAGUGCCCAGUCCUGUACCAGGUGGAUUGGUUCAUCGCCUUAGCAGUGCUCAACUCCGCCCUCAACCCCCUCAUCUACACACUCUCCAGCAGUGAGAUGCGAGUCGCAUUCUUCCGUGUACUGUGCUGCUGCUGCUGCCACACGCCACUAGACUCCAUGACCACAGCAGCAGGAACGGCGCUCCCCGGAAUAGUCAUUGCCACUGCGGAGAACAGCAAGUCUAGUAUGGCCGCGGCAGCUAGUGGGGUAGCAAAGUCUACCCUCAUGCGAAGUAAAGCACCUACGCCAGUAAACUCACACCACCAGAACAGUGACACAUCACCACCAGCUGUGACACACCCAUCAGGGCCAGGUGACCUGCUGUCUGCUGUGCUGGUUAAAGCAGGGGCACUUCCAUCCUUGGGAAAGUUCUGAAACCUCUUGGGAAAGAUACUACAGAAGUAUGCACUACAGUAUUGGAUUUUGUGUCAGGAUUUCCUAAGAUGUUCGGUGAUGGUUCCUGUGCAAUACGUAUGGCCAUCAAUUUACGCUUAGAUUUCAAAGGGACAACGGACCCAAUCAAAGCUUGUCUACACAAGUGCUGACCUAGGGAUAUACAAACUGAAUUGACUUCUACUUGUAUUAAUAUUUAUGAAACUGACCAAGUGUUUUGAGCACAUAAAAUAGAGCCACUACAGAAUAUAAUCACUCAAAAUGCUUAGGUGUGCAAUCUUUGAUUAAAAUAAUCCAAUUUGCAAAGCAGUAUAUUCAUUUUUUAUGAAGGAAAAUGACUUAACAGUGUUAUAUGCAUUAUGAUACUCUGUAUUACUGGCCUUCCUUAUUUCCUUACGGUUCAUUCCUGUAACGGACAAAAACUUUUGAAUAGUUUGCUAUUCAUUGCUAUUACACAAGCUAGUGUAAUAACAAAUUCAGUGUUAAAGAGUGAUGAACUGACUGUGGAUGUUUAUGGUUAAUAUUCUUUGGAUUGGUGUACAUGAUAGAUGUUAAAGGGAUAGUUCACUCAAAAAUUACACUUCUGUCAUUGUUUACUUACCAUCAUGUCAUUCUUUCGUGAAACACAAAAUGUUAGGCACAAUGUUAUGAAAUGACAAUGUAUGUCACCAUUCACUUUCAUUACAUGGUAAAGAGCAGUGUCACCAAUUCUGACAGAAAGUCAUAUGGGGUGAGUAAACAAUUACAGAAUUUUCAUCUUUGGAUGAACUAUAUUUAAGGGAGCUACUGUAUCUGACAGAAACAAUGUAUGAUGAGAUGGUUGUGAAUGUGUUGAACUUUUGAUUGUUUUUGGACAAUAGUACUUAUUGAUAAUUGACAUAAAAUUGUUUGAACUUAUUUUAUUUUUAUUUAUCCUUUAUUU